AUGGGAACCCCAGAAACGAACACCGCUGAAGAACUCGGAUUUAAUACCGACUAUCAAUACGGAUUUCACGACGAUAUCAAGCCAACGUUCAAAGCCCGCAAAGGGUUGGACGAGGAAGUUAUCAAUCAGAUGUGCGACAUCAAAGAGGAACCCGACUGGAUGCGCCAGUACCGGCUCGAGGCUUACAAGAUUUUCAAGCAGAAGCCGAUGACCAAAUGGGGCGGCGACCUCUCACAACUCGAUUUUGACGACAUUUACUACUACGUCAAAGCCUCUGACCGGAGCGAACAAAGCUGGGACGAUGUACCGGACGACAUCAAGAAAAACCUUUGA